AUGUCUUCUUCAAGGGCUGUCACAGCAUGUCUGCAGCGUAACAUCGCGCGACAAAAUGCUUCCCGGAUUGCAACUCAAUGUCCGCGAAUUCUUCAACAAUCAUUCAUACAUCCCACAUCGCGACCCCGCAUUGCCUCAUCAUUAAUCGCUGGUCAAAGAUGCGCUUUCUCUCUCACAGUCCCUCGACGAUUGGCAGACGUCGAAGAUGGUUUUGAUCCAAAAUCGGUGGAGAGGGAGUCGGAUGAGGUUGAUGUAUGUAUAGUUGGAGGAGGUCCUUCUGGAUUAAGUGCUGCGAUCCGACUAAAGCAACUCGCAAACGAAGCAGGGAACGAGGAUUUCAGGGUGAUACUCUUAGAAAAGGCGGGUGAAAUUGGGGCACAUAUUCUUUCUGGCGCGGUCAUUGAACCUACGGCUAUCAACGAAUUAUUCCCAGAUUGGCUCGCGGAGGACAAUGAGAACAGAUUCGAAAAUGUUACUCCCGUCUCAGGUGAAAAGAUGCGUUUCCUUACUAAAGGCAGCGCCAUUCCUUUACCUGCCCCGCCGCAGAUGAACAAUCACGGCAACUAUAUCGUCAGUCUUAAUCAAUUCACAAAAUGGCUUGGAGAUCGAGCAGAAGAGGUUGGAGUUGAAGUUUAUCCUGGUUUUGCAGGAGCGGAAGUUUUGUACAAGCCGGAUGGGUCCGUCAAAGGUGUCGCCACCAAUGAUCUAGGUAUUUCGAGAAGUGGCAAACCCAAGGAUAGUUUUGAGAGGGGAAUGGAAUUUCACGCAAGAAUAACUCUGUUCGCAGAAGGUUGCCAUGGAAGUCUCACAAAGCAAGUCAUCAAGAAAUUUGACCUCCGUAGGGAUAGUCAACCACAAACUUAUGGCCUCGGUAUAAAGGAGGUCUGGGAAAUCCAACCUGAAAAGUUUAAGAAGGGCCAGGUUAUUCACUCUUUGGGUUACCCUCUCCCAGCAGACACCUAUGGUGGUGGUUGGAUGUAUCACUUUGGCGAUAAUCUAGUAAGUAUUGGACUUGUGGUAGGACUCGAUUAUCCAAAUCCUUGGAUGUCACCAUAUCAAGAAUUCCAAAAGAUGAAGCAUCACCCACUUUACAAAGAUGUUUUGGAAGGUGGCAAAUGCAUAUCAUAUGGAGCUCGUGCUCUUAAUGAAGGAGGCUUCCAAUCGAUACCGAAAUGCGCCUUUCCUGGUGGCGCCUUAAUUGGUGACACUGCAGGCUUCCUCAACGUUCCAAAAAUCAAGGGUACCCACACCGCUAUGAAAUCCGGAAUGCUUGCUGCAGAGGCAACAUGGACUGCAUUGGAGAAAAAUGACGACGCGUCCGUUUUUCUGUAUGAUUAUGAAGAUUCUUUGCGCAAAUCGUAUAUCUGGAAAGAAUUGAAGGAGGUGCGAAAUAUGCGGCCUUCAUUCCAUUCACCACUAAAGCUAUAUGGUGGUAUUAUGUACUCCGGACUCGAAGCAUAUGUUCUCAAGGGUAAAGUUCCCUGGACAUUGAAGCAUAAAUCCACUGAUGCUGCAGCUACCAAGCUUGCCGACCAGUGUACAAAGAUUGAAUAUGAGAAACCCGAUGGUAAAAUCUCAUUUGAUAUCUUGACAAGUGUUAGUCGUACCGGUACAAAUCACGAGGAAGAUCAACCAGUUCAUUUGCAGGUCAAGGAUUGGGAUAAGCAUGCGGAAAUGGAGUACCCAAAAUACAAGGGUAUUGAAAAUAGAUUCUGCCCGGCUGGCGUGUAUGAGUAUGUUGAAGAUUCAACAAAGGAUAUUGGAGUGAGGUUUCAAAUCAAUGCGCAAAAUUGCAUUCAUUGUAAAACAUGUGAUAUUAAGGUGCCGGAUCAGGAUAUCAAUUGGAGUGUUCCGGAAGGUUCAGGUGGACCAAAAUAUUAUAUGACUUAG